GUUUCCUUACCAGCCCAGUGUAUAGUCUGUGACAGGCCCGCUCCCAUCCAGCUGCUUCUAUGUAUAUAUUGCCCACUACACUCGCUGCACUUCUAACAACUAGGAACUAGGCACAUCCCGGAAGACAAAGGCAGACAAAUCACACGCGUUCUCUGUUUCUUUCUGGGAUACAAAGUAAAGAGACAACAUACCCAUUAGCAGAGACACCGUUACAGGAGGCAACAAAGACACUUCCAGCCAGCGAACCUUAACCAACGCCUUUCUCUUUAGGGUGUGUCAUGAUACAGUGUCUAGAUAAAGUUGGCAAGAUUCAAAUCAGGGGAAAAAAAAGCUUUCAACCACGCCGAAUGCCUUCUAUAGCAACAGACUGACCUAUUGGGUAGGGGGGACGUUGGGAGGAAGCUUACCACAAUUGCUUCCGGGUGUAAAGUGGAUUAGUCCGCACGUUGGUCUUGACAGCGACACGAUGGCGGAACAAUUACAAGAGAAGUUACAGUCCGAGAUCUCCAAAUACCAGCAGCUCCAGAAAGAGAUCAGCACUAGUAUGUCAGCCAGGCAAAAGCUUGAGGCUCAGUUGACUGAAAAUAACAUUGUGAAACAGGAGCUGGCUCUCCUGGAUGACAGUAACACUGUAUAUAAACUAAUUGGUCCAGUGCUGGUGAAGCAGGACCUGGAAGAGGCAAAGUCUACUGUGGAUAAAAGGCUGCAGUACAUUAAUGGAGAAAUCAAAAGAUAUGAGACCACACUUAAGGAUAUGGAGCAGCGUUCAGAGCAACAUAGAGGGACCCUUAGCAAGCUUCAACAAGAUUACCAGAGAGCACAAGGAAAGGGGCCAGUGAAGGCCUGAGGGAAUUGAAAACAAUGUAUAAGCCUAAUGUGGCUUUCCGUCUUUCAUUAAUUUUCCAGGACUGUGUAUCCAAAGCUUUGGCAACCAUUGAACUUCCCGGAAUACGUCCUGACAUAUAUAACUGGUGCCCCUUAUUGGACAGAAAAGGCUUUCACUGUGGAAAUACUGUGUUUGAAUUGUGUGGGGUAAUAAAAUGCUUUGACUUGGA